CCCCGUAACCAAUCGCGAAUGGCAGCCGUUACGGGAUCAACGUCGAUAAGCAGGGGUUAUCACCCUGCAGAUCCAAAGGAGGGAAUGCAUUUAUGCACGAACCACCGGCUAGGCCGGCGGAACAGUGUGGGACUCGGAGGGGGCUGGCCAAUCAUCAUUUCGACAACCACGGAUGCGCAGGGCAGAGCCGGCGGGAGUGCGCCGCAAGCGGCAAGCGUUUAAACUUCUCAGGAGCCCCUAACCCCACUACCCACUAAACCCACCUACCAGCGCUGGGUUCGACCUAUGAGAAUCUGGAAUAAAUCACUGUGUGUGAGAAUUGAACCAGAGGCCUCGCCACUUGUGCGGAUUUACCCACACGUGACUCCCCAGCACGAAGGCAUAGAGCAACGAGAUACCCGCUACAC